AUGGCAGCACAGGCUAGAAUGAGAAAUUCCAGGGUGCUCAUCAUAAAUUUGGGGUCCGUGGGUACUGAAAUAACGAAAAAUCUGGUCUUGAGCGGUAUUGGUUCCUUAACAAUUUUGGAUAAUCAUAAUCUGUGCAAGGACGACAUUGGUAACCAGUUUUUCAGCAAUAGAGAGCAAGUAGGAGUGAACCGCGCCGUUGCCGCGAAAUUGCGUAUCCAAGAUAUGAAUCCAAGGGUCAAAUUGGACGUUUUUCAGGAUGAAUUUACUGCAAAACCAGAUACAUUUUUUAAACAAUUUGAUUUGAUCGUAGCGACAGAAUUAUCCGCGUCUCAUAUCACCAUAAUAAAUGCGAUAACAAGGAAAUAUGAGAUUUCGCUAUAUGUUACAGGUUUGCACGGUCUGUUUGGUUACAUUUUUGUCGAUCUUAUAGAAUUCGACGCACAGGAUGAAAAACUCAAGAGCGCCGUUUCGACCAUGCUGGGCCCCAUAUCUGCUAACAGAGAAAUCAUUGAAGUCACUGAGCGGGUCGAUGAGGAGCAAAACAAGGUUAAAGAAUUGAUUACCACGCGAAAUAAGUUCAAGCCAUUUGAAACUUUACUUGCAGAGGCUUCAUUGGAAGGUAAGCUCACGCGUCGACAAAUUAAAAGACUUUCAAGCGCUUUGCCUUUGCUGUUAGCUAUGUUUCACUUUGACAUGGAUUUUACUGAUCUUACAGAGAGCUCACUUGCUGAAAAAGCUAUCAAAGUUUGCAAACAAUUGAAAGUCAGUCCAGAAACGUUGAAACCGGAGUACAUGAAGCAAUUUGUCGAGCAAGCAAGUAUUGAGUUUGCACCAGUAGCAGCUGUUAUAGGUGGUGCAGUUGCACAGGAUUGCAUAAACAUUUUGGGGAAACGACAGUCGCCGCUCAAUAAUUUCGUUUUCUUCGAUGGAGUCACUCUCGAUAUGCAAGUCUUGGAACUUUAA